AUGGGAAAAGUUUUAACUGGCUCAUAUUUGUUUGCCAAAGGGGUACAAUACCUUGCAUACAGAUGUUCUGCAUCUGGAAGGAGGAAUGGUGGAGCAUAUACUGUUUCAGGGAGUAAUUCACAUGACAUUGUAUUCAAGGGAUUUUCUACUGGUAUCAAAGAAGAUGAUGCGAGUCAAGAAGAUACAUCUUUCCCUCCCAAGCAUCCGGAAAAGUCUUCAUGUUGUGGAGCUGGUUGUAGUAAUUGUGUAUGGUUGGAGUAUAGCAUCAAGAUGAGGCAUUACUAUGGUGAGAAUAGUUUGCAGAAUAUCCUCGAUGAAGUUGAUAACCAAGUAUCUGACAUAGAGUUUCGAGAAUUCGUUAAACUAGAAAUUCGUACGCAUUUUAUAGAUGGAAUGAGUAGAUAA